AGAAUCUUCCGCUCAUACGGGCAGGGUGAAGGGCAGUGGCUUCAGCAGCUGUUCCUGCGCAUGCUCGGUUCGUGUGCGCAUGCUCCGUACACCACAUGUCGCGCGUUCCUAGAGGGAGCCGUGAGCUGUACUACACCUGCCGGGUGGAGCUAUGCAGAUCAGCCGGACGCUGAUAGGCCGCUCCUGGGACCUCAUCCCCCGCCUUCGGCCCAGCCAGGCUAUAAAGGGCGGCGAGCGCCUAGGCAGUCGUAGCCGCGGCCGCGGGAGCUGGGCGCUCUGGCGGGUCCCGUUCGUCGGUGGAGCGCAGCCCCUCCAGCCGCUGCGCAUAAGGCUAUCGCUUCCCAACUUCAGCUACAGUGAUAGCUAAGUUGGGGAAGACAGACAUUCAGAGAAACCGUGCCCCCUCCUCGCCCCGUACGCCUCCCCCGCUGUGCCCGCGGUUGGGGUACGGGACUGGCAGCGCAGAAGAGCGAGCGGGAGUCGGGGCGCAAGCUGACAUGGCUCGGGCAGUGGAGCAGACAGGCGGCGGAGGCUGCUGGGGAUCCUGUGUCAGUUAUUUUACAUCCGCAAAGUUUCUUCUUUAUCUUGGACAUUCACUGUCCACUUGGGGAGAUCGGAUGUGGCACUUUGCAGUGUCUCUCUUUCUGGUUGAACUUUAUGGAAACAGCCUACUCUUGACUGCCGUCUAUGGACUGGUUGUGGCAGGAUCAGUUCUCCUUUUGGGAGCCAUUAUCGGAGAUUGGGUGGACAAGAACUCGAGGCUUAAAGUGGCUCAGACUUCCUUGGUUGUACAGAAUGCAUCUGUCAUCCUGUGUGGUAUCAUCCUGAUGAUUGUCUUCUUGUUUAAGACCCAACUUUUGACCUUAUACUCUGGAUGGCUUCUUACCAUGUGCUAUAUCCUGGUUAUCACAAUAGCAAAUAUUGCAAAUUUGGCCAGCACUGCCACAACAAUCACAAUUCAGAGAGACUGGAUUGUUGUGGUUGCAGGUGAAGACAGAAGCAAAUUGGCAGCUAUGAAUGCUACAAUACGAAUAAUUGAUCAGCUGACCAAUAUCUUGGCCCCAGUGGCAGUUGGCCAAAUAAUGACCUUUGGCUCACCAGUGAUUGGCUGUGGCUUCAUUUCUGGCUGGAACCUGUUGUCUAUGUGUCUGGAAUAUCUGCUGCUCUGGAAAGUCUACCAGAAAACCCCUGCUCUGGCUCUCAAAGCUACUUCAAAAAUUGAGGAGUCAGAGCUGAAACAACUGAAUGUACAGAAAGAUAGCGAAUUGAAGCCCACUGAAGGAGUCCAGUUAAUUGGUGAGAAAGAUGUAAUAGUCUUUGAGCCCCAGCAGGAGAAGGAAAUCGGCUGUAGUGCCCGGAUUGCUGAACCUUUCAACACACUUCGUGAUGGAUGGGUUGCAUACUACAACCAACCUGUGUUUCUUGCAGGCCUGGGUCUUGCAUUCCUCUAUAUGACAGUUCUGGGCUUUGAUUGCAUUACUACAGGUUAUGCAUACACUCAGGGUUUGAGUGGUUCUGUGCUAAGCCUUCUGAUGGGGGCCUCAGCCAUAACAGGAAUCAUGGGAACAGUAGCCUUUACCUGGCUCCGUCGCAAAUGUGGCCUAGUUCGCACAGGCUUCAUCUCUGGAAUAGCCCAGUUAACCUGCUUGGUCUUAUGUGUGAUUUCUGUGUUCAUGCCUGGAAGUCCUUUGGAUUUGACUGUUUCCCCAUUUGCUGAUAUCCGUACCAGGUUAUUGGAAGGACAACCAUUGCCUACUGCACUUCCAGCUGAUACGUCUGAAAUAUCCUUUACAACUGGAAUGCACAACUGGUUAAACAGGUCUAGCUCUGUUAACAGUGACCUAGAGAUGAGUUAUGACUCUGUGCCUUUAAUCUCUGUUAGUCUUCUGUUUGCAGGAGUUAUUGCUGCUAGAGUUGGCCUCUGGUCCUUUGAUUUGACUGUCACACAGUUGCUCCAAGAAAACGUGAUGGAGUCUGAAAGAGGCAUUAUAAACGGUGUCCAGAACUCCAUGAAUUACCUUCUUGAUCUGCUGCAUUUCAUCAUGGUCAUCCUGGCCCCCAACCCUGAAGCUUUCGGCUUACUGGUGCUUAUUUCUGUGUCCUUUGUUGCAAUGGGCCACAUAAUGUACUUCCGAUUUGCCCAAAAAACCUUGGGGAAUCAGCUCUUUGCUUGCUGUGGUCUUAAAUCCAAAACUGUCUCUAAUGAUUCACCACCUUGUAAUACAUCCACUGUUUAGGGGGUCUCAAACUAUUGCCGCCCCCUGUUUAAUUAUAAGACAAGUAUGCAGUUAGAUGCUUCAAAGUAGCCAUCAAGGGUAAAGUGAGGUGUUUCUCUACAGUCUAACACAGUCACUUCAUACUCACUUCAAGUAACACACUCACUUCAAGGGAGCCCUCCAAACCAGCUAAGAAACUUGGCCAAAUUCAUCCAUGUUUCAAGUUUGGGUUAAAAGGAAAUUACUCUAAGUUUAGGGUUUAAGCUGAAUCACCAAAAUAUGUAUUAUAGGAAUGCAACAAUAUUUUAUCAUUUUAAUUUUGAAUUUCUUCCCUUUUAACCAUGAUGAAGACUAUGGCCUCACUGGCAUAAAUACAUACUCUUUAGCUGAUGUACAUAUGUAGUCUUCACUUGAAUUCAGAGCAGUUAUUUGCCCAUUGAGUAAUAUAGUUCAUGUUUGUUAGCUUGAGUAAAACUUGUCUUAUGUUUUUAUUUUGUUGGGUUUUUCCCCUUUACAUAAAUGUUGUGGUUUCUGCCUGUAUGCUGCUCCAGUUAAGAGAACUGGAUUCUUUUUCUAAAAUGUCUGAAACGUUAUGCUGUUAACAUGUGAAAUGUUAAACAAGUUGUGUGUACUAUGUAUUUUUUAAGUUCUGAUGUUUGUCUAAAAUCUGACAUUUGCCUAAAAUAUCUUUGCCUUUGUCUGUUUUUGAUGAACUUCAGAGAAACACCUUUGCAGUUUUAGCUUAUACUAUUCUAGUUCAUGAAUAAAUAAGUACAAAAUAUUGUAUUACAUGUAUGUAGCACUUCAUAAAAUUAAGUACAGUAUAACCAAGUAAGCCGAAGCUAUACAUGUAAUGUAGCAUUGUAAAGCAAAGCUUUUCUGUUUAAAGCACACCAAAUGUGCUAAAGAAGGUUUGACAGAGCAGAUAGUUCAAAGGGUCAUGAGUUUGGAUAUACAAAGAUAGGCUAAGGGCUAAAUCUUCUGGUCACCUUUCUGAAAAUUAUCAGAAUAUGAGCAGCUUCAGUUUCAUUUUAAUCUAAUGCCAUUGCUUUAAGAAACCCCAACAUCAGCCUGGUGUAUUAGAAAAUUAUUACUAAUCCAGGAUAAACUAAAUGUAAAGGAAAACUUAAAAUAUUUUAUAAACAUUGAUACAUCUUUUUAAAUUCUCUUGUAAAACAGCGUACACUUUUUAAAUGACUAGAAACAUGUAUUUUUAAACAUCUGUAAAACAAAAACAAGCCUGUGACCGUAUGACCCUUUUAAAGCAAUUUUGUGGACAGUGACUUUUUUUUUUUUUUUUUUAAAGGAGAAGGUCAUUUUUCAAUGUGCAGGUAUGGACAGAGCUUUUUUACAUUAACCAUUUAUGCACUUUUAUGGAAACUGCAGUAAUGUUGCUUUAGUAUUGAGUUUCCUAUGGUAGAACUUUUUAAACAAUGUUAGGAAGUCUUUGUAAAAUGUUUGCAAAAAUAUCAUUUUUUUUCACUUUGACUUUUUUGUACUAUCUUUCAAACAGCCUUGUGUUAGCCAACUUCAACCUUGGUGCCAGCAGGCACAGCUCCAUUGAAACUAUUGGUAUUUACACCAUGGCUGAAUCUGGGUCACUUUCCUCAACUGUGAUAACUUGUAUUGUAUUUCUAUUUUAAAUAGAAUGUAAAAAAAUUUAGUAUUUGUUUCUGACCAACAUUUGUGGGGAAAAAAUCUGAAGUGAACGCAUAAGGAUCCCAUAUCAAAUCUAAACUUUAAAUGAAGUAGUAGCCCUCAAAAUUCAGUAAGUGCUUGUAACAAUCCCUUUUUUUCCUCUAAAGGAUCAACCUUAAUCAUUGCUUGUUUACCAAAUGGCACUCAGGGACUCUUUCGUUAGAUUUAUAAUUGUUUCUGCUUUCCAACGAAGAAUCUCUGGUUUUGCACUGUAAUAAUGUCAUGUGUAUAAACAAAUUUUUUAAACAAAAUUAGUGGCUCAGUCCUGGGGCAUAACUCCUGAAGGAAAUUUUGAGUUUUGCCAUCAACAGAACUUUAAGUCAGGAAAGACCGUAAAUCAGGUUUUGUUUGUGUGAACUGUCCAAUCAUGUUUUAUAGAAUGGAUACCUAUAAUGUUAGACAUUGAAGACCAUGGAGUUAUACUAAAGACUAAUGUCCACUUGGGGCAGUGAACUAAACAAUAAAACUUAGAUCUCUGAA